AUGAUGCAACGAAGAGUACCGCCACAGAGGACUGCCAUAUGUUACCGAUGUGGACAACCGGGGCACAUAGUGCCUACGUGUUCAACUAAAUCUGGGAAAACUGUUGAACAACCAGAUCCGACCGAACGGCGGGUAGAUAUCUGCACCGUCAGUCCUGCUUCAGGAGACCAUUAUAAUCUGGUUGCAGUAACAUUUAUCAUCUCUAUGACAAUACAAGGAACAUCUUCUGAGGAAAAAUGUCUGAAUCCUAUAGACCCAGUAUGUCACAAACAGGCAUUAUUUUUGAGAAGCUCGAAUGAUCCACGUCCUAGAGAGAUAGAAUUUAAACAAGUUUUACGUUCUAAAGGAGGGAAACGUAGCAGACGAAAAAAGGCCAAAAGAAAUAAGGAGAAUGAAGAAUAUGUUAAAAUACACGAAGGUUUUAAGGACAAGACGUUCAUACCUUUUAUCAUAUUAAAUACUGACGCUCAGAUUUUAAACGACAUUCUUAACCAGGAAAUAGAGAAUGAGAAUCAACCAGGGAAGCGAAGGCAACGACGACGACAGCGACCACUUGUGGCAAUAAUGAUCAUCCCUACGUCAAUGCAAUCAACAUUUUCAAAGGAAAUAUGUCAGUAUCCUAAAGACCCCGCGUGCCGCAAUCGUCAAGCCUUGUUUUUGAGAGUUUUAGAUGAACCAUUCAAAGAAGAUACGGAAUAUAUACAAGCUUUACGUUCCUCAAGAAACCGUCACGGAAGACAGAGAAAAAGAAAUUCUAGAGAUGACAUCGAUUUGAAUGAGAACAGGCCUCAUAAGAAGAAAAGGCUGUUCAUGCCCUUACUAAUUAUACAGAUGAUGACAUCUGGAAUGGAUCUAGUUAGCUCUAUUGUCGACAAAGUAAAUACUUACGGCUAA